AUGCGGAUACUCAUAAUCUCGGCUUUAGUAAUCGCCUGUUUUGGUGACCGUUUGGACAACAGAUACCUUCCUCCAGGUCCGAUCAACGACAACAACGACUAUCAACCACCACCAAUCGAUCCAAGUUUCAAAAAUCCCGUCAAUCAACCGUUCACGUCUCCAAGCGAACCCCAACAACAAUACACCCCAUCUACCUUCCAACAACCUCAGUUCAACAGUCAAAACAACUUCCAGCAACCGAACAAGCAGUACCUCACUCCGAAAACGCAGCAACCUGAACAAUCUGGUCAACCUUCCAAUCAAUUUGGACAAUUUUCUCAACACCAGCAAUCCAAUACUCAGUUUUCCGCCCCCAAUAAAGCACCUGAACAAUCUGGCCAAACUUCCAAUCAAUUUGGGCAAUUUUCGCAGCCCAAGCAGUCCAACAAUGGAUUCAAUCCUAGCAGGCAAUAUUUGACGCCAUCUGAACAAUCUGGACAGUCUUCAAGCCAAUUUGGACAAUUGUCCCAACCUAAAUCUAACAACGGUUUUUCUGCAGAUAAACAAUUCAACAACAACGGAUUUUCAAUCCCUUCUUCUCCUAAUAAAGCUUCUGAACAGUCUAGUCCAUCUUCGACUCAAUUUGGACAGUUCUCACAGCCAAAACAGUUCAACAAUAACGAUUUUUCAAGCCCCAACAAACAAUAUUUGACUCCAUCUAACAAAGACGCUAGCGGAGCUUCUUCCAACUCUUUUGGUCAAUUCAAAAACCCCACUCAAGGACAAUUCUCUGGAUCCUCCAAUGGUUUCGGUAACCAAUUCUCGCAGCCUAAAUAUUCUCAAUCUAACGGCCAAUACUCUCAAAACAAUGGACAAUAUUCUCAACCAGAUGGACAAUAUUCAAGUGGACAAUAUUCAAGUUUCCAAGGCAACCAAGAUGCUCAAAUUGGAUUGAUCAAAUCUGAGUUUAAUCCUGAUGGUGGAGACGGUCAUUAUAGCUACGUAUACGAAACCGAAAACGGCAUCAACGCCCAAGAAGAAGGUUUUGUACAAGAAAGCGGCAAAGCUGCUCAUGGAGGUUUCUCUUACACUUCCCCAGAAGGAGAAAAAGUCACUAUUGAAUACACAGCCGACGAAAACGGAUUCGUACCAAAAGGAUCUCAUGUACCACAAAUUCCCGAUGCCAUUUUAAAGUCCAUUGAAUUGAACAAAGCCGCUGAAGCUCGUGGGGAAUACAACGAAGGAUCUUACAAGGAAGAAGACCACACAGCCCAGCAAAACGGUUACCCGGGAGUCCAGAAAAACCAAUUUGGACAACAAAACAAUGGUUACCAACACUCUGGACCCGCCAAAACCAGUUUCCCCGAACAAACAUCGUUUGCUUCACAAGACAACAAACAAGUAGCACCUUUCGGCUCCUUCCAAGGACCCAAACCUUCCUUCGGUCAGCAAAAACCCGGUUACCAAUAUUCAUCACCCUCUGACCAAGGUACAUUCGCAUCUCAAGAUAGCAAUCAAGUAGCACCUUCACCUUUUGGAGCACAAACCUCUUUCGAAGAGCCAAAGAGUCAAUAUGGAGCUCCUACUAAUGGUUUCAACCAGAAAUCCAGCUCAACUGCACAGGCUCCAUCUGCUUUUGGAGCACUAAAACCUUUUGAACAACCAAAGAAUCAAUUUGGGGCCAACAAUAAUGGUUUCAACCAGAAAUCCAGCUCAACUGCACAGGGUCCAUCUGCUUUCGGAGCACUAAAACCUUUUGAACAACCAAAGAGUCAAUUUGGGGCUAACAAUAAUGGUUUCAACCAGAAAUCCACCUUUCCCGAGCAGAGUUCUUCUCCUAGUCAAGUAAGCGGUCACUUUGCUGGUUCUGGUUCUUUGCAGAAAGGCCAGGGAUACCAAUACCAAACACCAAAUGGUAAUGGAAAUAAUGGAUUCAAUGGAAAUUUCCAAAGAGAGCAACAGAACUCUGCGUCUGAAGUACAAAAUCAAUACAAUGCUCCUAAAUUUGCAACUGUACAAGACAGUCAGGGUUAUAAAUACUAAUCUGUAAUAUAAACGGAGUGAUCAACAAAAUUUGUUUCGAAAAUAGGCUCUGGACCAAUUCACGCAAGUUGGAGUGUACAAUACUUCUUCUUUUUAAGUAUCAAUUGGUAGUUAUCACGGACCUGACUCGUAUAUCUCUGUCUUUGUCGGUAAUGGCUUGCUUUAGAAACAUUUUUG